AUGAACCAGCACCCACGGCCUUUUAGACUGAUUCUCGGCUCUUCCUCUCGUUCAAGACAACAGCUGCUGAAGGAGCUAGGCUACGAGUUCAGCAUCCUCAAGCCGGGGAUCGACGAAGAAGCGAUCCGUCACCCCGAGGCAGAACAACUCGUUCGACUCCUUGGCAACGCCAAAGCCGAUGCGCUUGUGAAGAUGCUCAAGAAUGAAAAGGGGAGCAGUCGGACUACAGCGGAGCCUCUGCUGCUCCUUACCGGUGACCAGGUGGUGGUCCACCAGGGUCGCAUACUAGAAAAGCCCCAGGACCCGGCUGAAGCUCGUCAAUUCAUCGCGUCCUACGCGAACGCUCCAGCGAUAACGGUUGGGUCUAUCGUUGUAAGCAACCUCUCAACCGGAAAGCGGUAUGAAGCGAUCGACCGGGCCGAGGUUUACUUCCAUCCAAUACCAGAGUCAGUGGUUGAGCGCCUCAUCGCUGAGGGCGCCGUUUUUGCGUGUUCCGGAGGUCUCAUGGUGGAACAUCCGCUACUGACAAAGUUCGUACACCAUAUCGUCGGUACUGUGGACUCAGUCAUGGGACUGAAUAAGGACUUAACUAGGGCCCUGAUCGAACGAGCCCUGGCCGACUGA